GUGGAAUUUAUAUCAGAUAAAUAAGAGCUGAUUUCAGCCAAAUUUUUCAUUUGUCCUCUUUCUGUUAUCGAAUUAGCAUUUGCUCGCUGCACUUGAUAAAAUUCGAAAUGUACAAAGCAAUCAUUACCUUUUCCCUUUUGGCGGUAUUUUUGACCCCGCGUCCUUGCCAAGCAGCACCUAUAACCUGCGUUGGAUUACCAGACGGGAAAACAUUUGCCAAUCCGGAUACUGACAAAGAGUUCUACAUUUGUAUCGGAGGGAUACCAGUGAGUCAAAAAUGCAAAGACGGUUUGGUAUUUGUCCCCGCCAAUGGGUUCUGCGUUAAAGGACAAGGUGGUGUUGUAACACCUCCACCAGUGGCUCCAAAUGUUUGUCUGAAUCAAGCGAAUGGCAUGUUGUUCCCACAACCCGGAAGCAGUACAGGAUAUAUAAUGUGUGAAAACAAUCAAAUGCUCUACAAGGAUUGUGACAAAAAUUGGGUGUUUGAUCAAUUCUAUGGUGUGUGUGUUUCAAAAGGAAGUUGCUCCGCAUAAA